AUGCCACUUCAUGCAAUGUUUAGAUCGUUAACCAAUAAGAGAAUUCGUGUGACUCUUAAAAACAACAUUGUCUUAUCGGGUAUUCUUAUAGAUAUUGAUACAUUUUCAAACAUUAAGCUUUCUCAGUUAAUUAUCGAAGAGAAUCCCGAUACGAUUUUUAUUCCCUUUACUAAUACUCAGAACAUCUUCCUACGUGGAUCGGCUAUUCACCAUAUCUGGAUCAAAGAACAAGAUGUGCAAAUGAACCAGUUAGAGGACUCAGUUCGCAAAACUCUUCUUUAUCGCUCUUUAACAGCUACUGAAUCGGAAAAGGAUCCAUAA